GUACCGAACUGUCUGGUACCGGUACCGUACUGUUUAGCUGGUACCAUUAAUACCGGUACCUGCCCACUCUUACCACUCAGCCAGCAGACCACCAUGGCUCUUCACUAACACCUGGUAGUGGCCGCCUCUAUUUUCCUCUCCCCUUCCCGUCAGACAUGGCAGCUGAUGACCUCGUCCUGGACAUGAUCAAGACACACAGUCGUUAUGACAUGCCCGAGGACCUCCCCCUCUCAUGCCCUGAUGUCCCUGACCGCCCAGACUUCACCAGGGGGGGGCGGGGGGGCUCCAGGUAUUCUGAUGAACCUGACAGGCCACUGAAGGAAGCAGACUUGACAGAUUGGCCCAACCAGAACAACAGGAACAUGGAUGCAGAAAGAAGGACUCACCGUAAUGCCUGGGAGCCUGAUGGUCUGGGAGGUGAUCUGAAGGGCCAAGACAGUCUGGGCAGCCACCUCAGUGACCAGCAAGAGACAAAUAAACAUGUGAUUGGCCAAGAGGAUCCAGACAGCAAAAUGAUUGGCCGAAAACAUCUAGGCAACCACGUGAUUGACCGAGAUGAUCUGAGCAGCGACAUGAUUGGUGAGGAUGGAAUGACACUUGACAAAACAUCGACAACAACAGCAGCACACAAAUGCAAGAGUGACGGCAGCCUGUCAGACGGGGGCUUGAGUGGUGCGGGACGGGUGGGCAUGGAGGCCGAGGAUGACUGGUGGGACGGCGAGGGGCGCCCCACGGGUGAACGCUGGCCGCCGCUGGGCGCUCCUGAUGACCAGGAGGAAGAUGGAAACUGCUAUGACUCAUGGUACCACCGAGACAGGAGCUGUGAGGGAGGCGAUGGGGGAGUGGGGGAGGCCGAGAGGGAGCGACUCAGACAACUGGAAGAGGAGCAGGAUCAGCUGAGCAACUCUCUUAUGGCCCUCACCUCACACUUUGCCCAGGUACAGUUCCGGCUGAAGCAGAUUGUGGACGCCUCCCCAGAGCAGAAGGAGGCUUUGCUCACACAGCUGGAAGAGUUUGCCAACAGAGGGAUUCCUGACAUCAGGAACCCCACCACUGUCUGUCUACCCGCCAAAGGAGACAAAGGGGAAGGAGACGAGGGAGAGCAGGACUUGAGCACAAUGAACAGACAGAAAGAGCUCAUCGCCCAGCUGAAGCAACAACUUGAUGACCUGGAGCUGUACGUGUAUGAGACGGGUGAGGGCGGCCCCCCCCAGGCCCAGGUCAUGGAGCGGCAGCGGGUCAUCAUAGAACAACUGAAGGACCGACUCAACCUCAACGUGGACGAAAUGGACCAGCUGACUCUAGAGGACCUGCGGCGACAAGUUGACCGCGGUGUGAGGGAGCUGAUCAACCCACUCAAGAUGAAAGAGCAAUUGGUGUCUCAACUUCAGACACAAAUUUCAGACCUAGAAAGGUUCAUUGAUUUCCUCCAAGGGGAAGGAGGGAGCGUGAGGGGGACACAGCACCCCUCAAGAGUGCUGGGCAGCACACCGAGGACUGCUGGGGGUGAUGGGGAGCCACAAGCUGCAGACAAACGGACAAGAGCAGAGCAACGGAAACAACAAAAACAACAGCAGAGGUCGGAGGCUGAACAGCUGCGGCGAGACACAGCGAGCGUGGUGGACCGCGUCACAACCCUCCUGAACAUGCUGUCCUUUGGUUGCGGCGAGAAUGGCAGAAGCAAAUUCCGUCGCAACACCCUGAAGAAGACAGCACAGGGCAGCCACUAUGGGGACCUCCGUGCUGCCCUGGAGGUGGCAGUAGCGGAUGUGGAAGAGGCCAUCCGGCCUGACCCAAGUGGAGACAGUGAGCAGACCAGUGACUCGGAGGCAGAGGUGGAGGGAGGGGAGGCCGAGGGGACGGGACUGGGCAGGGCGCGGACUGAGGUGACAAUGGCGGUGAGGAAAAACUUAACACCUGCGCUUCGGGACUUAAUGCAACAUGGACUCAUGCCAGUGGGUCAGAGCCAGUCAUUGGUGCCAUUCCUGAGCUGCCUGCCGCACCCCCCCUCCCACCGCCCAUCCAAGCUGAUGCACGCCUGGGACCUCAUCUUGCAGUACUACCACCUCAAGAAGGGACACCAGUACAACCACACACCCGCGCGGAGGCUGAGCCAGAGCUUCAACUUGGAGAUUACUGGAAGCGGUGUGGUCACUAACAAACAGUCACUGCUUGGUGUUAUUGGCUCCAUCAUCUCCACUCACACGCCACUCAAACGCUCUGCUGACUCACAUCUCAAGGCCUUUGUUUCGUCUGCUCUGAACCAAAGGAAGUUAGUGGUGUGGCUUCGGUUAAUCUUCCGCACACAGGCGCUGAUGGAACAAUACUACCAGCCAUGGAGCUACACCAGCCUGACAGGGUUUGAAGAUGCCCUCCGCUCACUGGAUCGACUUACGCCCUACAACUUCCGUCUGCCCGUCGACUUGGCUGUCCGUCCAUUCCAGAACAUGAGGGAUGCUUUCUGAGGCAGCAGGAGUCACGGGAGGCGGUGGCGGCAGCAGAAGGAAUGAACAGUAUUAUUACCCUAUUCAACUUCAUGGAUACAUAUCUUGUCAUUCUGCUUCAUCACAUACCUGUGGAAUUGCAUUGAAUCUUGGCAGUGUGUGUGGUUGAGAGAAACUAGACAGGUGCAUAAUAUACUGUAGGUGUAUUACAUGGAAAACAACUUUUAUGUGUGCGUGUGAGGGAAAUGUGAGAACACUGCUUUAUUUAAGAAGAUGGUGAGAGGAACUCUUGCAUGAAUGCCUUUCAAUUGAGUUGUUUCAGAACAAAAAGACUAACUUUUAUUUUGUUCAGCGGAGCAGCAGCAUUUGAUGGCAAGAAAAAAAUCAUGACUUGAGGGGUUGUCUUUCCUUGGCACUUAUGCUUUCUAGUCUAGAUGUGGGUCUGUGAAACACACACACAUGUCUUGCCUGAAAACAUGAAAGAUAAUUGCCAAGGUGGAUGCUCUUGACCAAAAAGGAUGACUGGUAUUCUUUUAACCUUAACCUGUCCCCCAGCUGGUUUACUACCCGCACACUUGCGGAUUUUCCUCCAAUUACACAAAGGUGGCUGCAAUGGAAUUUUCACAGCACCACCAAAUAUUCACGGUCCUCAAGUGGGUUUCGUGCCCUAAACUUUGAGUAACGACUACAUAGUCAUACUCCGCCCCACAUUAUUAAUUGGUUAUAAACGCCAUGACGUACCCAUUAUUUUACAUAAAUCGGACAUAAUGCCUUAAAAACUUCAUUUUACGUUACAGUUUGAGAAAAUUUUUGUUAAGUAAAUGCCAUUAUGUCUAACUUUAUGCCACUCAGCAACUUGGUCUACUCCAGAAUAAAAGGACGUGAGGUCAGUUAGUCAAACAACAACAAUAAAAGAAACAAAAACAGUGAAAAUAUAGAAUAAGCACAACAUGUGGAAGGCCACUGAAAAGUAUGAGUUAGACGAGAGACUGAGUCAUUCCUGAGCCUUUAUUAGCGUGAGCAAGAAAUGGGUCCGCUCAUUGACUAAUUGUAUUUCUCAGUUGUAAACACACGGAAUAGUUGAAUUAAUUUUCAAAUUUACUGAUGGUUUAGGCUUGUCAGCACCAGAUGUAACUCAUAACUUACCCAAAACUAGCUUUCCCAACAUGCAUGACUCAGGUCAUACAUUCCUUUGUUUACAGUCACCACAGCCCUCACUGUAUCACUGCCACCAUCUCAUCCUCAUCGCAUUGUUGUACGAGUCGUUUUUCAUUUCUCAAUGCUUCGCAACGAUGUGACGAGGGCGAGGUGGUGGCGCUGAAGUGCUGAGGGUGACGGUGCUUGUAUACAAAGCAAAGUAUUAGGUGCGCUGUGUGUAUUAGGAAAGAUGGUUUUGGAUGAGUAAGCGGGGCAUUACUGUGUUUGUAAUAAGUUCACAUAAAUUACAGUACAUUUUUUUUUUUUUAUUAUUAUUAUUUUUUUUAACGUGUACGCCUAUAGUGCUGGUAGGCUUUCUUGAGGGGCCUGGAUGGUAGUCGGCCCCAGCCUGUCAUGGCUCAGGCAAAUGUUUAUAGUGGCGCCAUCUUCUCUUCAUGUAGCUGAUGAAUGAUGCUAUUUAUGAUAUUUUAUACUGCUUUCAGUUAACAGAAACGCUUUAUUGGGUUCGGGGGUCUGUUUCCAAGCCCUCGUGGAUGAGGGGGACAGGUGGAUUUUUUUAGAUGAAUGACAAGUACAAUGUGGCCUUUCCUCCUUAGUGCUUGAAUGUUAUGAUUUAUCAGUUCAUUGGAUGACAGAUACACAAGUACUGUAAAUACAAUAGAAGGAAUAAUUAACAUAAAUGGUCUGAGUGCAUGAAAAAAACUACAUUUGCUUUGGACAUCAUCUUUCCCAUGACAAAAAGAUUUCUCAACGAACAAAACUCCACACCAUCAACCUAAGCCUUCUGUGCCCCCUCACACAACUAGUCACACUGGCUUACACCUGACACCCCCCACACAACACAGGUGGGAGGGAGUUUGGAGGUGUAGUUGGUGCAGUGCUGUUUUAAUAAUUCUUAAGAUGCUAACAGGUGAAGCUGUCCUCCAUUUAAUAUUACGGUCAUUAUUUAUUUAGUUUAUUAUCUAUUUAUUUAUUGUUUUGAGAGAGAGAGAGAGAGAGAGUAUAUAUAUCAGAAUAUGUAAUACAGAGAACCCUCAAAAGUGAGAUUUUAAUGAGUCUUGGCCACAAAUCAUGUCUGUGCACACUGCUGAAGUACAAUCAAAACUUGGGUGUGGAUCAGGAUCAGUUGAUGAGAACAAAAAUCAAAUAUGACCAUCUGAAUGACCUUAAGUUCAAUAAAGAAAAUUAUCAAAAACAUUGUUAGGUACUGAUAGAUUUCCAAAGGGCUAUUUUUCUUGUUAAUUUAAUAUAGACUACAAAUUGCACUAUUGCUAUUCAGUUUCUUUUCAUGUUAUUCCUUGAUUUCUUAGUUUCCAUUACUCGUUGAAAUCUGAAAAGGUUGGAAGACAAGAAAAUAAGUAUUCUCAUUCAGAUAGAACUUGGUCUAAGCCAAUUUAAUGUCGCUUUACAAAUUUCUCUAUCUUAUUUAUAUGUUCCGGGACAGAGUACAGUUAAGGAGCACUCAGAAGACACAGCUACAGUCAGAACAACCACUCUGGCUGUGUCGCCAUCAGAUGGGUGUCCACACUUGUGAGGUUUCUCUGUACCAUACACAGAUGUAGACUUUACUACAAUGAAAAGAAAGCUAAAGGUAGAUAACAUAGGACUUUUUGGUAUAAGCUGUAUGUAACGUACUGGAACAAUGCUAUAUAUCACUGUAUGGGGUGUUUGUGUGUUUGGAAAAGUCAGAAACUGUGCAGCCAACAUAACAUUUCCUGUCAUCAGCCCAUUACUUGUAAAAAUUUGUGUAUAAAAUAAAGUAUAUUAGAGCAAUGCAA